AAAAACUUUUUAUGCUGUAUGUUAUGUUGGAAGACUCUCUGUGUAAUCAGUUGUUUUGUAUUUUCAAUAACUCUCUUUAUGUUCAUUAAAAAAAAUACACAGGUAAAUAUGCGUAUCUAAAGGCCGAUAACUUGUUGCUACAUGAAACUGCCGACUUUAGCACUGAAAUUCUGACAUCGGAAACUGGCGACAAACUAUGUUUGAUGUUUUGGUAUUGCGUGAAGGGUGAAGACUCUGGACAAAUACUUGUAUUUUUGGUUAAUUCAGAGAACGAACUAGGACGUUUAAUUUGGAACGAACAUACCACAACUCAAUUCAACGUUUGGAGAGAAGCAGAAGUAUAUUUUACACCAUAUGAUAAUUAUAAGAUAUUAUUUAAAGCCCAGGGAGAUGAAGGCUACAUUGGAUUUCUUGCCAUUGAUGAUAUUGAAAUUAACAACGGACCAUGUAGCAUUACAUAUGAAUUCAAUUGCACAUUUGAGGAGGGAUUCCGUCUUGAGAAGGCUGGAAAUACUGAUACUUAUCAAUGGAAUCUCCACAACCGUUUCGUCGCCAGCAUGGGACCAUUUUAUGACCAUACUAUCGGGGAUGAACAAGGGCAUUAUGCAUUUAUCGAUGCACAUAAACGAAACAGUGCUAAUGAUACAGCAAUAAUGCUAACGCCAUUGAUCCACAACAUUGGAGAAGACGAAACCAAGUGCCUAAUAUUCUGGUACCACAUGUAUGGAAUUCACAUACAAAGUCUGCAGGUUUACGUGUUAUCAUUGGAGGAGUCUCUACCGGGUAAGCUGGUGUGGAGCAGAUUGGGAAACAGAGGGAAUAUAUGGAGGGCGGCAGAAGUAGAGAUCAAAGGGAGAAGCAACUUCCAAGUUGUGUUUAGAUCAGAGAGGGGUGAUGGAAUUGACGGUGACAUCGGUGUUGAUGAUAUCAUCAUAAAAAAUCAAUCUUGCAUCAAUACUGAUAAUGAAGAUGUACUGGUAGCCAGUGUGACUUGCGAAUUCGAAGAGCCACAUAUGUGUGGCUAUACAAACGCGAGAGGCAAUGUAUUCAAUUGGACGUGGACGAAUAGUGCUCUUGGAUCAAAGCACGAUGUAGCCGGAGUUCCCGAAAUCGAUCACACUAAAUCAAAUAGUUUAGGAUUCUAUGUAUUGGCUGAUUUUAGGCGGUCCAAACUGAUCAGAGAAGUAGCUCGAUUGCAGUCUCCAGUAAAUGAUGAGACGUCUCUACAGUGUCUAGAAUUGUGGCACUUUAUUCAUGGAACAGACACGCAAGAAUUUCGUGUUUUAAUAAAUCAGACAAUUACAAUUGAAAAGUUGUUGUCUAUAAAAGGAAAUCGGGGUCCGUUUUGGCAGAAGACUACUAAGGAACUUUCACCAACAGAUAAGUACUCGAUUAUUUUUGAGGUUUCGUCUGGGGUGAUGCCAGUAGGUGGAGUUGCAAUUGAUGACGUCAGCAUCAGAAGAGGUAACUGUGAAAUCGUCCCAACUUCACCGGCACCCGAACCAAAAACCGUAUUGGAAGCUGACUGUGGCUUUGAAUCGAAUGAUCUAUGUGGGUACAUUCAAGACGUUAACGAUGACUUUGAUUGGACAUUGAUGACGGGGGUUGAGCUGGAAGCAUUUCAUAGGUCAAUAUGGUGGUACUAUUUCUUUUUCGCCUCAGAAGGGGAAGAACAAUGGUAUCCGCAUACCGACAAAUCACUUCCAUUUUCAAAUGAAGGAACUUUCCUAUUCACCGAAGUUGUUUUUUAUGCCCCGAGACAUGAAAAAGACGACGAAGCACGAUUAUUGUCUCCGUUAAUUAAAAAAACUAAAAGCCAAACCUGUUUGAAGUUUUGGUUCUACAAACAGAGCGUUUAUAGUGAAUUUCUGAACGUUUACAUGCUAAAACACAAUGAACUAUUUCACGGAGAUCCUCUGGUAGCGUUAUAUGGAAGUUAUGGAAAUCAAUGGAAUCUACAGCAAGUUGAUUUGCCACCGUCAUCAAAACCCUUUCAGAUUGUAUUUGAAUCAUUAAAAGGACAGUGGUGGGACUCAACCAGCUUUAUUGAUGAAAUUGAUUAUGAAAGGUCGCCAUGUCCGAGUGGAGAUAUGGUGUGUGACUUUGAAAACGGCUAUGGAGCUUGCCAGAUUUCUUAUGAAGAACGUACCGUAACCACGUUUCAUUGGCAACUUUCAAGGGGUUUCACAGCAACAAAUGGGACUGGACCAACAGCAGAUCACACGUAUGGUAAUGACACAGGCAUAUACGUCUAUAUCGAUGCAUCGCAGCCUCAGUCUCCAGGUGACAAAGCCAGUUUAUCUACCAAAUACUGGGAGAAAAUAAAGCGAGAUACAUGCCUUAAGUUUUGGUAUUAUUGUGACAGCAAAACCUCUGGGAACUUCAUUGUUUACAACCGUAUGAAAGACUCAAAAGAGUUUUUAUGGCAAAUGCCCAGGGUCUUUGAGAGAACUUGGUCUGAGGUUAGAAUUCAGUUAUCGCCCGCUAACAAAUCCUACCAGGUAACACGUACACGAAAUGUUUUACUUUCUUAG